GCAGUGUCUCGAGCGCUGUAGCUAGCUUGAUGCUAGUGUGAAAAAAGCCCAUGAUCACUUCUGAAGGACGGAAAGAACCACAGCCACUGCCCGCAACACUUUCCCAUCUUCCCCCCCAACGUCUCCGCGCCGUACGAUAGCGUGAGCAGAGACUUGGUCAGACAAAAACAAAAAGCCUUUUGUCAUGUCGGCACAGAAGAAAGGAGCCGCGGCGCGGCUGCUUAAAUGUGCCUUCUGCAGAACCAACCGGGACAAGGAGUGCGGGCAGCUGCAGUUGUCGGACAGCCAGAAGGUGGCAGCCCACCACAAGUGCAUGCUUUUCUCCUCUGCCCUGGUCACAUCUCACUCAGACAGCGAAAACAUCGGAGGGUUUUCCAUUGAGGAUGUGAAAAAGGAGAUCAAGAGGGGGAAUAAAUUGAUGUGUUCCUCGUGCCACCGGCCGGGUGCCACCAUCGGCUGUGACGUGAAGACGUGCCAGAGGACGUAUCACUAUUACUGCGCCCUGAAAGACAAAGCCCAGGUCAAAGAGAAUCCCUCACAGGGGAUCUACCUCGUCUACUGUCGCAAACAUCGGGACGCCUCUCGGGAUGGCAUUCAAGGUGAAGAAGGAGCCGUGGCCUGCGAGUCGGACUCGUCGCCCCCACAAAGCAGAGGAAGAGGAAGGUUCGAGAAAGGUCGGGCCAAGGUCGGAUCCCGUGGCCAAUCGGAAGACACGCGCUCCACGUCCUCGCAGGCUGCCGAUGAAGAGAGCUCCUCCCACCGGGAGAGGUCACCUCUCCGGGCCGGCGUGGGCGACGGCGGCCAGCGCUGUGGCUUCUGUCACGCUGGCGAGGAAGAGAACGAGACGAGGGGGAAGCUUCACACCGACAACUCCAAAAAAGUGGCCGCACACUACAAGUGCAUGCUCUUUUCUUCGGGCACGGUGCAGCUGACCACCACGUCGCGGGCCGAGUUUGGAAACUUUGACGUGAAGACGGUCAUCCAGGAAAUCAAGAGAGGGAAAAGAAUGGUGACUCCUAAACCGUUCUUUAACAUUGAAAAAGAUCACACACACAAAACAAAACAAAACGUCUUGUUUAAAAAUAAAAUGUGUGUUGUUGUUUUUUCUCCCCAGAAUUGCACGCUGUGCACUCAGCUGGGCGCCACCAUCGGGUGUGAAAUCAAGGCGUGCGUGAAGACCUACCACUUCCACUGUGGCCUGCAGGACAAAGCCAAGUUCAUUGAAAACAUGGCGCGUGGCAUCUACAAACUGUACUGCAAGAACCACAGUGGCAACGAGGAGAGGGACGAAGAAGACGAGGAGCGAGAGAAUCGCAGUAGACAGAGGGCGGCGAGCAACCACGGAGAAACGGCGUCGACGCAAGCGAACGGCAACUAGGUCGGUCUGAUGGAUGCGGCGCGUCGGCGAAGCCAGAAGAACUCGGAAAGAAGACGAGGGACAGAUAUUUUUUUAUAUUAAGUUUUAGCCCGCUCACAACGUCGUGGUCUACAAGCUCCCGCGAGUCCUUUUUCUCCACGGUUUGUCCCAGUACGCGGACGCGACGUCCCAUCGUACGCCGGGCGUCGUCUCCACGUGAAAACCCAGUUCUGAGGCGCCCGGGUGAUCCGCUCACGGCCCGGCGGCACCCUGCGGAGCACCGGACUGCUGCAGGACCCCGGCACGCCACGGCUACUCUUUCCCAGGAGUCGACGAUUGGCUCACUUUCACAUACAUACAUAUAUAUUGUUUCUGCAAAUAAAAGCUGAUGGACUGAUCCCUCUCCCGCUCCCCCAGGAUGCAUUCUGGCUCUUCCUUUGCUUCUCAAGGACUCACUUCUAAGAGGAGUCAGUUUGUUACUCGUCUCUCUAUCAAGUGGUGCAGUUUGAUAGAUACCCUUUUGUUUCUGUAAUCACGUCUUAAGAAUACUCUUUCCAUGUUAGUCUUUUCUUUCUUGAUAUGUAAUAUUUUGCUACUGUGUUAUCAUCACGAGUCAUUUUUGAACAUCUGGAUUUCAGACAGUCGCAAUUACAAGUUUUCGCCAGCAUGCACUUGGAUUUUCCGUCACUGUUCCAAGUUUUUAAAAAUAAUUUAGCUACCUGAAGGGCAACGUAGAGCUCUUUAGGGCAGUUGGCCUGACUUUAAUUUGAUGUACUGUUACCUGUAUCUCAAAAAAUGUACCCCCCCCCCCCAUGUAUGAUCGGAAAUAGAAAAAUAUUUUUAUUUUACAUGC